AUGACAAAAGUGUAUACAAGAGAGGACAGAGAACGAUGUGGAUUGAACAUUCCAGAAGAAUUUAAUGGAAUUGGUGAUGAAUGUUUUGAAGGAUGUUGUGAUAUUGAUAAAAUUAAUAUCCCCACAUAUAUUACAUCAUUAGGAUAUAAAUGUUUUUAUAGGUGUAAAUCAUUAACAUCUAUUAAUAUACCAACUUCUGUUGUUAAAAUAGGAAAUGAAUGUUUUGAAGGUUGUGAAUCAUUAACAAGUAUAAAUAUUGGAAAUGUUCAAUUUAUUAGUGAGGAUAGAGUGUUUGUAGGAAAAGAAAAACUCAAUUGUAUUAAACUUGGUAAUUUGAAAAGAAUAAAUGGAAAAGAAAUAAGAGAAAGAGAUGUUAAUGAAUUUGUUAUUCCAACAUCAAUCACUGAAAUAACGGAUGGUUGUUUUGAAGGGUGUAUGCCAUUAAAAUCAAUUAACAUACCAUCAUCUGUUAGUAAAAUAGGAAAUAAUUGUUUUAAAGAAUGUAAGUCAUUAAUAUCAAUUAAUAUACCAACGUCUGUUAGUGAAUUCGGAUGUUGGUGUUUUAGUGAAUGUCCAUCAUUAACAUCAAUUGAUAUUGGAAAUGUUCAAUUUAUUAGUGAGGAUAGAGUGUUUGUAGGAAAAGAAAAACUAGCAUCAAUUCCUAUUAAUAACUUAAAAAGAAUUAAUGGAAUGUCAAUAAGAAAAAGAGAUGUUAAUGGGUUUGUUAUUCCUACAUCAAUCACUGAAUUAGAAAAUGGAUGUUUUAAAGAAUGUUCAUCAUUAAGAUAUAUUAAUAUACCAACAUCUGUUAGUAAAAUAGACUGUGGUUGUUUUGAGUUAUGUUCAUCAUUAAAAUCAGUUAAUAUACCAACAUCUGUUAGUAAAUUAGACUGUGGUUGUUUUCAAGAAUGUUUAUCAUUAACAUCAAUUAAUAUACCAACAUCUGUUAAAAGUCUAGACAUAUUCUGUUUUUGUGGAUGUAAAUCAUUGGCAUCAAUUGAUAUACCAACAUCAGUUAAAGAAAUAGGAUUUAAAUGUUUUAGUGGGUGUAAAUGUGAAAAAAAACUAAAGAACGAUAAGAGAAUAGGGAAAAUCUACGUCCAUUGUGAUGAUUAUUAUGAUGACACAUGUGUUGUUGUCUAA